AUGCUUCCGACUCCUUUCCAAUGGAAGUUGGAGCGAGUAACCGCCGAUCAGUUGAUAUCAGAUGAAUCUACAGAUCCAUGCUUGGUCAUCUGUGGUAACUCCAUCGAUGGACCAUUGGUCGAUUACCUUUAUGCAUCCUCAAUCGCAACUCUGCAUUCGGAUGCUGAUUGCGGGGAUAACGAGAAACAUUGCACCCGUUUUCAGCUUGCUGAUCAUGAUCAAGUUGCGCUCUCUGGUUAUGCUCUUCACAAGCAUUAUGCAUACCCACUGAAAGGAGAGAAAUCACCAGAAGAUACCGACCUGUUUGUGAAUCAACUUUUAGAAGAGGCUGAAGCAGGAUUGAGUCAACAGCUACAGAUGGCGAGGGAUAAGGGUGACGAAGUGGGGACAUCUUCCUCUUCACUUAAAACAUUUAUGUGGCAGCAUAUCUUUUUGGAGACGCCAGGUCGACUCGCCUAUAAUAUGCAAGAAAUUGGAGGAACCCUGCCAAUCAGCGCGUUGGUUCAGAAGUGA